AUGGACCAGAUGCAUGCGCAAUAUAAGAUGAAGAACCGCACAGUCAUGAACUAUGUCUUCAGUGUGAUAAUAGGCUUCACAGCGCUCAGUUAUGGCUCAGUGCCGUUUUAUAAGAUGAUCUGCCAGGAGACCGGUUGGGGAGGCCAGCCCAUAAAGUCAGCGGCCCACGGCGGUGAUACUUCCGUCGAUCCCUCCGAGCGCCUAAAGCCCGUCGAACAUCACCCACGCAUCCGAAUCACAUUCAACGGCUCCGUAUCCGACGUCCUACCGUGGAAGUUCGUUCCUCAACAGCGCGAAGUCCGAGUCCUCCCCGGCGAGACCGCUCUCGCUUUCUACACCGCGACCAACAAAUCGUCAGAAGAUAUCAUUGGCGUAGCUACAUAUUCUGUCACACCAGGACAGGUCGCCCCAUACUUCAGCAAGAUCCAAUGUUUUUGCUUCGAAGAGCAGAGACUAAAUGCUGGGGAAACGGUGGACAUGCCCGUCUUCUUCUACAUCGAUCCCGAAUUCACAAAGGAUAUUAACAUGAAGGGUAUUGAGACCGUUACACUGAGCUACACGUUCUUCAAGGCGAAGUAUGACAAGGAUGGCCAUCUGACGCCUGUCCCUAUGUGA